GGCGGUUGUCAGAAAGGACGAGCGCAUACAAAGGACGAAACGACCCAGGAUUUGCGGCCACCUAAUGCUCAUUGAAAUUUACGAUUAUGCUGCGAAAUUAUUAAACAAUAUGACCGCCAGCGGAGUUCAGUUCAGGAAUUCAGUGGGAAAAACCGGAAAAGCUGAAGAAGCAGCAGCAACAGCAGAGGAGAGCCAUAAUAAGGAAUCAACAGGGAAAUUGGGCAGCCUGCUUGGCCGCACACUGGCCAAAGUGGCCAAAGUGGCCCGCACCAAUCCCGCCCAGCACGUGACCAAUCUGCCCGUUUCCGCCCUCCUGCUCCAGGCCCUCGACGCGGUGGACGUGGCCCGCGGCCAGGGAAUCGAUCCUUCCAUCAUCCCCAGCACCAUCAGCCCAACCACCACCAUCACCACCACCACCAGCAGCAGCAGCAGCAUCAACACCACCAUCACCAGCAGCGAGAGCAGUGACCCAACGGAUGUGUUUAGCGGCCAGCCGCCAGCGUUCUCAUUUCCCGCCAACGUCACUGGAGCAACUGCGUCACUGGGUGGUGCGGGGGAUGCGGACGCAUACCUGCCGCCCACGGCCAAUCUCAGCGGUUUCAUCGCAUCCUCAACAACGGCGGUGAUGAGCACACUGCCAAUCCCCACCAGCACCAUGGCCACGCUGCAGGCCCAAACGGUGGCCACCUUCAUCGCCGCCACCGGCAGCAAGAAUCGCCCAACGACCAUCGUUGUCUACCCAACGGUUUCACCCGAGUCGAUUGUCAUCCCGAUCGUCUCGUGCAUCUUUGGCUUCCCCAUCCUGGCGCUCCUGGUGAUCUGCUGCCUGCGCCGGAGGGCCAAGUUGGCCAGGGAGAGGGACAGGAGGCGGAACUACGAUAUGCAGGACCAUGCCGUCAGCCUGGUCAGAUUUAGUCCAAUACAUAGGCUUAAUUACCGAUCGUCGCGAGCUAUCAGUCUACGUCCUGAACGAAGCCUGAGCCAGGGCUUCACCUCUCUGGAGCUGGACACUGUGCUGGAGGAGCGAUGCAGCGACGUGGAGCAAACGCAGACGGAGAUGUUCAAUGCGGAGUCACCGAUGGACACCACCUCCUACAAGAUGUCCAUCUCAUCGAGCUAACAGUUAGCCAAACCGGCUAACCAGCAACUGGAGCAGGCAUCGCCCCACACCCACGACACCGACAACCCAGAUGAUCCCCAAGCCGAGCGCCAGGAGCCGGUGGUGAAGGUUCCGCCGGCCAAGAGCACAGCGCAGCUGGCACCACCGCCACAGCUGCGCAAGACGGCCAGUGUGCGCGACGAUCCUGCUGGUCUGGCCAAGCGGCGCAGUCGCCUCCAGGAGAUCCGGGCCGCCAGCAGCAGUGCGAGUGGAGCUGGUGGUGGUGGUGGCGGCGAGGCGGCUGUCGCCUUCACCAAGCGUGAAUCCAAGCGGGAGCGCCGCCGUGGAGCACCAGCAGCUGGCAGUGACCGCCAGUCACCCACGAUGCGCAAAUCGCAUUCCCUGGACGCCGCCGAGAGCUACGCGCUGGCCAGCAUUCAGGCGCCACUCUGGGUGACCCUCACCAAUGCCCGCACCAUCGACGAGCUGGCCCAGCAGAAGAUGUGAGCUCCAGCUCCAUCUCCAGUUGCAUCCGCAUCAGAAUCGUUCACUUAGCAAACCUCCGACAGUGUCUACAGAGCCCCGCCCACUUAGAAAGCGUGUAAAUGUUUAGAUGAAUUUCGAAUUAGUCACAUUACCGACACAAACGAGCUACUUGCAACAAUAACUAAAGCUAAACCAGUUUAAUGACGUUAAUGACCA